CCAGCACGUCUUGUCAUGAAUUUGGUUUCCUAGUGCUAGCUCUCUACCACAUAACCGUGUCACAAAUUCUUUUGCAUCUUCUUGUUCUCUUGGGCUCGGCGUUUCAAUACUGCCGGAUCGUCUUUGGUCGGCCAGUAAUCGGGCUGUAUGGGAGGGGCGGUAUGUAUGUACUGUAUGUACAUACAUACAUACAUACUGUACAGUUUGGGGCCACCCGAUGCGGUUAGGCCCUGUCGUCAUAGGGGCUGGGUUUGCUUGCGUGGGGCCCAGAGACUGCUUUGACCUCUUUCGUUUAAACCUGGAAAGAGUCACACGAGGGGCUGUCAUUUACACCGAAGAGCACAAGAACCAUCUCCGUCUUGGAGGCCACUACGCUAGCCGAGUCUGCGCAAACAUGUCGACAUGAGACGUGCCAUUGUCAGGCCGCCGUGGUCUCCCCCCAGGGCCAUCUCAGGAUUCAAUUGCCGCGCGAGGGCGUCGUCAACGUCUGCACACCAGCACUCACCGAGGCGCCAUCAUGGAGAUCGAGAACGGCGCCGACACGAUCACGAUGUCGUCCCCCUCCUGGCCAAGCAGCCUUUACACCCGUUAAGCCUUGCGGAUCUCGUCAAACACGGCCGGCCUCCGUUGUCGGCCGAGGCCCUUCUGGCCUCUGCCCGCUUCACGCUUUCGCUGCUGCCGAUACGGCUUGCGCAUCGCAUCCAAGCACUGCGUAACCUCCCGUACAUUGUCGUUUCCAACCCCAACAUUAGCAAGAUCUACAACAACUACCAGCACUCGCUCUCCACCCUGCUGCCCUGGCAGGGUCGCACCAUCAGCAACCUGGAAGAUGAGAUACGCUUCACCGAGGUGCUGGCCGAGCUGGUGCAGACGCACACCGACACGAUCCCCAUCCUAGCCCGAGGGUUUCUCGAGUGCCGCAAAUACAUCUCGCCGGCCGAGGUGACGCGCUUCCUGGACGAGCACUUGCGCGCCCGCAUCGGCACGCGCCUGGUUGCCGAGCAGCACAUUGCCCUGCACUUCAGCAGCACGCCGCACUUCGACCCGUCCGCGAGCCCCACCCCGUGCCCCGAACACCCGAGCUACAUCGGCGUGAUCGACACGGCGUUGCGCCCGGCUUCGACCGUCGACGCGUGCGGCGGUUUCGUCGCCGACAUCUGCGAGCUCAACUACGGCGUCCGGCCGCGGUGGGUGGUCGACGGCGAACCCGACACGACCUUCGCCUUCGUGCCCAUGCACCUCGAGUACAUCAUCACGGAGCUGCUCAAGAACGCCUUCCGCGCGACGGUCGAGAACGGCAAGAGCGGCGAGCCGGUCGUCAUCACCAUCGCUCCCGAGCCGCCCGACGUCAGGCCGCCGUCGCAGCAGCAGGUCCAGGUCCGCCUCGGCCCGCCACACGAGUCCCGUGGCGCUUUCGCCCGCGACGCCAUCGCCCCGCUCGACGACAACGCCCCCGGGGUCACCAUCCGCAUCCGCGACCGCGGCGGCGGCAUCAGCACGGACGUGCUGCCGCACAUCUGGAACUACUCCUUCACCACCUUUAACGAGUCGGACGACGACUACAUGCCGGGAGGGAGGUCCCCGCCGUCGUCCUCGGCCUCUUGGGGUAACAGCUACGGUACCAGCGACGCGCUGAGCGUCAUCUCGGCGGCGAGCAACGGGAGGAGCUCCAUCGCCGGGCUGGGGUACGGCCUGCCGCUGAGCAGGGCGUACGCCGAGUACUUUGGCGGGGGCAUCGCGGUGCAGAGCCUGCACGGCUGGGGAACGGAUGUGUACCUGCGGUUGAAGGGGGUGGGCAAGAUUGAGUGAGUGUCUUUCUUUUUCUUUUUCUCCCCCGUUCCCCGCUCCUUACUCUGUCUGGUUUUUCCAGACUUCUGGGGACGGCCGAGGAGGGGAAAGUGCUGAUUGUAGCCGGUAAUCAAUAGACAAGAGACGACAAC